CGUCCCGCCCUGUGCUCCGAGCUUGACUCGGUCUGGCAGUCCCGAGCUUGGAGGCGGAGGCGCGCAGGGCAGCCUGGGUCCAGCCCACACCCCUCACCAGGAGGCACCAUGCUGGGGCUGCUGUUGCUGCUGCUGGCUGGCCAGGCUGCCCUGGAAGCCCGGCAGAGUCGCUGGCGUAGGGAGCUGGCGCCAGGGCUUCACCUGCGGGGCAUCCGGGACGCGGGUGGCCGGUACUGCCAAGAACAGGACCUGUGCUGCCGUGGCCGCGCUGACGACUGUGCCUUGCCCUACCUGGGAGCCACCUGUUACUGUGACCUCUUCUGCAACCGCACCGUCUCUGACUGCUGCCCUGAUUUCUGGGACUUCUGCCUCGGGGUGCCACCCCCCUUCCCUCCCAUUCGAGGAUGCAUGCGUGCGGGCCGCAUCUACCCAGUCUUCGGAACCUACUGGGACAACUGUAACCGAUGCACCUGCCAGGAGAAAGGGCAGUGGGAGUGUGACCAAGAGCCAUGUCUAGUGGACCCAGACAUGAUUAAUGCCAUCAACCGAGGCAACUACGGGUGGCGGGCUGGGAACCAUAGUGCCUUCUGGGGCAUGACCCUGGAUGAGGGCAUUCGCUACCGCCUGGGCACAAUCCGUCCAUCUUCCUCCGUCAUGAAUAUGAAUGAGAUUUAUAUGGUGCUGGGCCAAGGGGAAGUGCUACCCACUGCCUUUGAGGCUUCUGAGAAGUGGCCCAACCUGAUCCACGAGCCACUGGACCAGGGCAACUGUGCAGGCUCCUGGGCUUUCUCCACAGCAGCUGUUGCAUCUGACCGGGUCGCUAUUCAUUCUCUGGGACACAUGACACCCAUCCUGUCACCGCAGAACCUUCUGUCCUGUGACACCCACCACCAGAAGGGCUGCCGAGGUGGGCGUCUCGAUGGUGCUUGGUGGUUCCUGCGGCGCCGAGGGGUGGUGUCUGACAACUGUUACCCAUUCUCGGGCCGUGAGCAGAACGAGGCCGGCCCUGCCCCUCGAUGUAUGAUGCACAGCCGCCCCAUGGGACGGGGCAAGCGCCAGGCCACUUCCCGAUGCCCCAAUGGUCAGAUUGAUUCCAAUGACAUCUACCAGGUCACGCCCGCCUAUCGCCUGGGCUCUGAUGAGAAGGAGAUCAUGAAGGAGCUGAUGGAGAACGGCCCUGUUCAAGCACUCAUGGAGGUGCAUGAGGACUUCUUCUUGUACCAGAGUGGCAUCUACAGCCACACACCUGUCAGCCAGGGGAGGCCGGAGCAGUACCGCCGACAUGGGACCCACUCGGUCAAGAUCACAGGAUGGGGAGAAGAGACGCUGCCAGAUGGAAGGACCAUCAAGUACUGGGACGUCCCGAGCCUUGUGACCCCGGCCGGUCAGCGAGUCCCCAGGACUCGAGGCCCAGGGCGACCUUGGGCCAGCACAAGCCGGGAGUCCCGAGGAAGCGCGCAGGCCUCGCUCUCCCCUCCGCGGCUGCGGCCCAAGACGCACCCCGAUGGAAAAACCCCCAUCCCGGGAGAGGCUGGAAAUUUCUACCAGGACCUUUGGCGGAAGCCGCGGGGGGAGGGGGGACGGGGAGGGAAGGGGACUCAAGAGGAAAAUCCGGAUAUGGCCUGUCUGCAGGCCGAGGUUCCGCUGUACCCCGCGAACUCCUGAGGAUUCGACCCAGCCCUGCCUUCAUCUCUUCUGAACUGGGGGAGGGCGGGGGUGGAGGUAAGAGGCCUCCGCAGGUGCCCCCAAAUCCGCAGUUACCCCAGUUCUCUGCGCUACUGAUGAGGGUACUGCCAACACUGAGGCACCCCCCAAUGGACCUCUGCCAUAAAGAAAUCCUUUCCACCCCAUCCCCCGCCCGUGCUGUGUGUCCAGAGGCUAAGCACAGCCUCUCUGAUCAGGCCAAACUUCUUUAGACAAAUACAGACUAUCUGAGCCUCCUGGCUG